GUCCCUUCGCUGCGGGGGGCGGAGCUUCCUCCAACGGCGGGCGGUGCCGGGUCGGCGGUAACGGGGGAGCAGCGGUGGAGCCUCCAUGCCGAACGUGACAUCCUCGAAGGGUUCCCGCUUCCACUAAUGCUUGGCAGAGCUCUAGCCCCAGGUCCCCUAUGAGUUCAUCACUGCUGCGUUCUGGUUCGCCCCAGGCAUUUAGCCCCAGUCACAAGAACAGCAUCAUCAGGAGGCAGAGACAGGAACUCAAGCUUUUAAUUGCAGAACUGAAAGAUCGUGACAGGGAGCUCAAUGACAUGGUGGCAGUGCAUGAGAGACACAUCCAGGCCUGGGAAGAUGAUCGCCAAAGAAUACUGACUUUAGCAGAACGAUGCAGCUUAUUAACUAGUGAGCUGAAUGAGAGAAAUGCAGUUAUAAAAUCACUGACCAAAAAGUUAAAGUUAUUAGAAUCCCAGCAUAAUGACAGUAAGAUAACACUUGAAAACACACAAAAGAAAUAUCAAGAGCUCACUCAGAAAAUAACAGAUUCAUCUGUUCACUGCCAGGCUUUGGAGGAGAAAAAUCAGAGUCUCCACUGCUCAAUUUUGGAACUGUCUGCUAAGACAGACCAGCUGCAAGCGAGGGAACAGGAGCUUCUCAAUAUGCUUCAGCUGAAGGACAAGGCCUUACUUGAAACAACUGAUCAGAUGAAUGAGGUUGCAUCUAAAUUUAAAACACUGGAGAGUGUGAUGCGUACAUCAAAGCUGGAGGAAUUCAGUCGCAAUAGAGAACAGCAAGACCUCAGGCUGACACUGAGCGACGUCGUGUUUCAAAUAAAUAAGAUGAGAGAUGUCCUCUCUGAAAAGAUGAAAGAAAGCAGCAAGCACCAGGAAGAAAUCAGUCACCUGAAACAAGAAAAUGGCUGCUUGAGGAGUGAGCUGGUACUGGCAGUGGAGGAAGCACAGAGGAAGGAUCAACUUUAUCAGUUUACCAAGUCUAAGCAAGCACGGAUUGAAAAAGAAUUGUCCAGUUUACGACAGGUCUGUGUAAAACAGCAGCGGGACUUACACUUCCUUCAUGUCAACUUGGAUAGCUCUCAGGAGUCCAGGCAAAAGCAUGAAAAGGCAGCAAGAAGAAGGAGCACAGGGGCCACAUUCUCUGCCUCUGAAGGCCCCAGCGAGACAGACAAGGGUAGGACUGAGGGCAGCCACGGGAUGUGCGAGGAGUGUGGAACUGCACCAGUUCCAGCAAGUAGGGUAAAACCCACCCCUGAGAUGUGUGAAGUAGAUAAUAAUAGACAGUUACUGAAUGCUUCAGACUUGGAGGAAACUACCUCAGCGUUCUUAAACCCGUGUCAAAAAGUUGUGAAAGGCUUGGCCGUCCCUGCGGAAGGAGGAGAAAAGCAGGAUGUUGCAUCAAGCUUUGAUGAGCUAGACAGUGAAAAAUUUUGUGAGGCAAGGCCAUUGAGAAACAGGGAAAUUGGAGAGAAAGGAGUGAAAAGCAGAGACCGAAAAACCUUUGAGGUGUCUUUGCCUUCAUAUGAUCAUUGGCUUAACAUCAAAUCUCGUGUAGAUUUGCAAAGCACUAUGAUCCAGAACAGCACCACGUCUGACCAAACUGAUAAUGGAAACAAAACCUGGGAAGAGAGAUCUGACACUGAGUCAGAUAGCAGAGAGACUUCUGUGACUUGCAAGUCUGAUUCUGAUUCCUGUAUUAAUAAGUUCAUCGUCAAUAAACAUUGGAAGCCACUAUCAGAUCUGGAAUGGCUGGAGAUUUUCAAACCCAAAAAGAGAGAUGGAAAUAUGUGCUGUGGAAAAGAUUACAGCUGUUUCAAGACUGCACAAGAGAUGAAAUGUACCUCCUCAAAAAAGUUAUGAGCUUGUUGCUUUUAAGAAAUAAGCAUAGACUUACAUAGAAAUUUAGGUGUGUAAGCUCUCAGUAUUAUCUCAAGCUAUGUUGAAAGUAAAUGCUGUUUUAAAUUUAGUCUAUUAAGCUGAAAAGUAACAAUUUAAAAUAAAAAUAGCUCUUAAAGUA